ACCAUUGCGUAAGUAGGAUUCGAACAAGACGCGUGUCUGCCUUCUGUCUGCAUGAAUUGUGACAUAACAUGGAGUGAUUCUAACAGGUUUAUUCGAAAAAUUUUUCGGAAUGGAUACAAAAAUAUCGUCUGCAAUAUUAUUCCUUCUCUUUGCAUCUGCCGUUUUUUCAAUUCGGGAUGAAAAAGUUUGUAUCGGGACAUCAGGUCGGAUGUCGGUUCCAUCGAAUAGGGAACAUCACUAUCAGAAUCUCAGGGAUAGAUAUACAAACUGCACUUACGUGGAUGGCAACUUGGAGUUGACGUGGUUGAAGGACGAUUCUCUGGAUCUCAGCUUUCUGCAAGAGAUUCGAGAAGUGACGGGGUACGUUUUGAUAUCUCAUGUGGACAUACAACGGAUCGUGCUACCCAAGUUGAUGAUCAUCCGGGGUAGAAACCUCUUCAAACUCAACGUGCGGGACGAAGACUUCGCCCUUAUGGUCACCCUCAGCAACAUCUUCAACCUGGAGUUGCCAUCUUUGAGAGAUAUUCUGACAGGGAGUGUUGGUUUUUAUUAUAACUACAAUCUGUGCCAUGUCCGUACCAUCAAAUGGGACGAAAUACUUACCGGACCAGACGCAAAGCCUGUGUACGUGUAUAAUUUCACCUAUCCCGAGAGACACUGUGAGUUCAAAAGUACCUGUGAUGAAUCAUGUGAAGCCGGUUGUUGGGGGGAAGGACCACAUAAUUGCCAAAAUUUUUCGAAAAUUAAUUGCUCACCACAGUGCCAUCAGGGAAGAUGUUUUGGUCCGAACCCACGGGAAUGUUGCCAUUUAUUUUGUGCUGGUGGAUGUACUGGUCCGACGCAGGCAGAUUGUUUGGCUUGUCGAAAUUUCUAUGACAAUGGAGUGUGCAAACAAGAGUGCCCCCCAAUGAUGAGGUACAACCCAGCCAGCUACUCCUGGGAAAGCAAUCCAAAUGGAAAAUAUGCAUAUGGCGCAACUUGUGUCAAAAAUUGCCCAGAUCAUUUGCUGCGAGACAGUGGGGCUUGUGUGAGAACAUGUCCUGCUAAUAAAAAGGCAGAGAACCAUGAAUGUGUUCCUUGUGACGGACCAUGCCCUAAAAAUUGCCAAGGAGUUGAUGUUGUGCAUGCGAAUAACAUAGAUUCGUUUAAAGGUUGCACCAUUAUAGAAGGCUCCAUAACUAUACUGGAUACAUCAUUUGAUGGGUAUCAGGAAGUAUAUCAGAAUUUUACGUUUGGUCCCAAAUACCCAAGAAUGCAUCCCAGCAGGUUAGAAGCCUUCAGCUCUUUGAAGGAAGUUACAGGAUAUGUCAGCAUUCAAGCCUUGCAUCCGGAAUUCAAGAACUUGUCUUGUUUCCAAAAUUUAGAGAUUAUUGGUGGAAGGCAACUCACAGAGUAUUUUGCUGCCUUGUACAUUGUUAAGACUUCAUUGGAGUCCCUGGGCAUGAGAUCCUUAAAGAAAAUCAGCUCCGGAAGUAUUGCAAUUUUAGAAAAUGAUGACCUUUGCUUUGCUAAUACGAUAAACUGGAAAAAAAUCAGGAAAUCGGGCUCACACAGUAUUCUGCUUCAAAGCAAUGGAAAUGAAACAAUAUGUCAAUCUCGGAAUCUGAAAUGCCAUCCGCAGUGUUCUACAGAUGGCUGCUGGGGUCCUGCUCCGAAUGAAUGUCUUUCUUGUAAGGCUUAUAAUCUCAAUGACACGUGUGUUGCAAAAUGCGAUAUACUGAAUGGAAUGUACGAUGCCGGAAAUAAAGUAUGUAAAUACUGUCAUGAGGAAUGUCUUGGACAGUGUUUUGGACCCGGGAAUGGCAAUUGCUCAGCUUGCCGUAACGUGAGAGAUGGUCCAUAUUGUGUGAGCAAAUGUCCCGAAACAAAGUACAGAGAGGGUGGUAUAUGUAAACAGUGUCAUGGGAACUGUGCUGGAGGAUGCUAUGGUCCGGAAAACAACAUAGGACCAAAUGGGUGCAAAACUUGCGAGAAAGCUAUUGUAAAUCUAUACAAUCCCAAUAUGGUGGAGCAGUGCUUAAGAUCUGAUGAACCUUGUCCAGAAGGCUAUUACAUGGAGUACAUUGGAUCCCAAGAAGAUACUCUACCUUCACUGACUGGGAAAUCGGUUUGCCGUAAAUGCCAUCCUCAAUGCAAAAAUUGUACUGCAUAUGGUAAACAUUACAGUGUUUGUAAAUGCCUACAUUACAUAUCUGGAGAGCAGUGUGAGAGCCAGUGUCCAAGAGAUCAUUUCCCUGAUGACGCCAACCAGAUUUGCAUUAAAUGUGCAGACGAAUGCCGUGCAUGCAACGGGCCAUCCGUGUCGGACUGCACCGCGUGCCGCAAUUUCCGGGUGUAUGAUGACGAUUUUAAUAAAACAAUGUUCAACUGCACAGGCUCCUGUCCUCUUGAUAAGCCUUUCAAAAAUUAUGAUGAUAGUGAUCCUUACUGCUCUGCUGUGGAUGCAAGUGCUGUAGCACUUCAUGGUGAGGAUGACCAAAUUCCUGCAAUUCUUGGUGGUGUUAUGGGCUGUGUUGUUAUUGCUGGCUUGUUUUUGGCAUUCUUCAGUUACCAGUGCUUACAAAGAGCUCGAACUAAAGAGAAUAUGGUUAAAAUGACUAUGCGAAUGAGUGGUUUCGAAGAUAAUGAACCUUUAAAACCAACGGAUGUGAAGCCCAAUUUGGCAAAGCUGCGAAUUGUUAAAGAAGCUGAAUUACGAAAAGGCGGAAUUCUGGGUUAUGGAGCCUUUGGAACUGUAUAUAAAGGCGUUUGGGUUCCAGAAGAGAGAGAGAACAUAAAAAUUCCUGUCGCAAUUAAAGUUCUGAGAGAAGGUACCGGGCCUACUUCGAACAAAGAAUUUCUUGAGGAAGCAUAUAUCAUGGCAAGUAUUGAUCACCCAAAUCUAUUGAAACUGCUGGCAGUUUGCAUGGCCUCUCAGUCUAUGCUGGUGACUCAACUGAUGCCUCUGGGAUGUCUCCUGGAUUACGUUCGCAACAACAGGGACAAGAUUGGGUCAAAGCCGUUAUUAAACUGGUGUGCUCAAAUAGCUAGGGGCAUGGCCCACCUUGAGGAACGCCGCAUGGUCCAUCGUGACUUGGCCCUUCGAAAUGUUUUGCUUCAAACACCUGGCUGCAUUAAGAUUACUGAUUUUGGUUUGGCAAGGUUGCUGGAUAUCAACGAAGAAGAAUACAAAGCUGCUGGUGGAAAGAUGCCUAUCAAGUGGUUAGCUCUCGAAUGCAUUCAACACAGAAUCUUCACACACAAAAGUGAUGUCUGGGCAUUUGGUGUUACUGUGUGGGAACUGCUUACCUAUGGUGGCAGACCGUAUGAAAAUACACCUGCUAGAGAAGUUCCUGACCUACUGGAGAAAGGGGAACGCUUGCCACAACCCUCUAUUUGUACUAUUGAUGUAUAUAUGAUAAUGAUUAAAUGUUGGAUGUUGGAUGCUGAAUCACGUCCCUCCUUCAAAGAACUGGCGGACGAAUUUGCAAAAAUGGCACGAGAUCCGGGCCGCUACUUGGUCAUUCCGGGCGACAAGCUCAUGCGUUUGCCAAGUUAUACUCCUCAGGAUGAGAAGGAACUGAUCUGCAAUUUCAGCAUGCCCAUAGAGGGCUCUGAGGUUAUAAUGGACGCAGAGGAAUAUUUGCAGCCCAAGCUGGACCAAGAUGAUACCGAUUCCCCUCCACCCCCUACACCAAUUAAGAAAUUUAUGGAAGACAGAGGAUUUGAUGCAGAUUCUCUGAAUAGCACUUCACAUGUAAAUAAUUCUCCCGAAAUGAAUUUGCGUCGCAACGAAUUCAAAUGCGACUGUCCGGAGGGCCACAUGGGAUUGAACCACAUUUGCCCCAGCAGAGACACAAGCCUCAGAUAUUGUUCAGAUCCUCUGACGACAUUAGAAAGAGGAGGUGUAGACCGAGAAAUGUUUAUGCACAAGAAUGGAGCAACAUCUUUGAAUUCUAAGGAUGUGAAACUGGAUUUGCUCGUGGAUGAAGACGAUUAUUUAGUGCCUUCCCCGCAUUCACACAGUUCAACUGGUUACAUGGAUUUAGUUGGAGAUGCCAAAAUGACCUCUUCAGUGCCACCCCAUAUGGGAAACUUUAUUCCUGUACGAAAUAUACCUCAUCAAGCUGUGGACAAUUUAGAAUACCAUUUAAUGAAAAAUAAUUCAAACUCUCCAUCGGAAUUGCCAGUGGUUGCCCAGCACAAAACCAAUAACAGUGAUGAUGAAGACGAGCAUGACUAUUACAAUGAUUAUAAUGGACUUCAGCGUGAAUUAUUACAGCCUUUGAAUGAACGAAACAUGAAUGAAACAACCGUGUGACAACAGUGAUCAGUUUGCAAUACAUUUUUCCAGUCAUCAACAGAACAUUGCAUGUCCGAUUGCCGUUUUCCCAAUCGUCCUAUUUUUUUCAGGUCUUCUCAGAGCAUUGCAGUUCUAAUUAGCAUUUUUCAGUCGUCAAUACAUAUUUCCAGUUGUCAUACGAGCAUUGCACGUGUGAUCACCAUUUUUCACUCGUCAAUAGCACAUUUUUCCAGUCAUCAUCAAAGUGUUGUACGUCCAAUCAGCAUUUUCUGUCAUCACUAGUACAUUUUCCCAUUUGUCAUGAAUGCUGCAAGUCUGAUUAGUAUUUUUCAGUAUUGAUACACAUAUUUGUGUAGCAAAUGGCAUCAGACUGCAGGCUUUUACUUAACAUCCACACUUCACCUGAUGUGUCCUUCGAAGAAACAAAUGAGUGGAUUUUGUUGAUUGUUAUGUACAUAAUCGAGCAACUGUGAAUCGAAACACUUCAUUCAACAUCUAUUUUGAAUAUAUAUAUAUAUAUUUUUAUAUGUAACAAUAUUUUUUCCUGUAGGUAUUGCAAUGCAAAUACUGCAUAGCUAUAAAUCCUACAUUUCAAAAUAUCUGUGAUAUGUUCUUGCAAUACUGAAAUGUAACAUUUUUUGUGAAAAAUGGUUAUAAGAAUAGUUUAUAAGUUGCUGAGUAAGUGAUGGAUCAUUUUCCGUUUUGUACCAGCAAAUUUCACUGUUCUUUUUUACUUAAGAGUAAUGUUACUACCCUGAGUGGCAUGACUGCCUUUAUCCAAUAAUUAGCUUUUUUUUUGUCAUAUUAGCUUAUAAUUUAAAGUAUAUUGCUUUCUUACUUUCUUUAAAGAAAGUAAGAAAGCAAAAUACCAUUUACAAUUUAGAAUCGGAAAAGUGAUGUAAAAAUCAUCUUAAUGAAUGAAAGUUUAUGAAACCGGAGACUAAACAAUUACAUAAAUUUGCCUUAUUAUGUUUAAAUAGAAGUCUUCGUGAUCAGAUCCAGAAAGCCAUGCCACUGAGUGGGUUAAGUAACUGAUAUCCACUUAAUUCAGUACUAAAAUCUUGAAUAUUCAGCAGGUUGUGUAAUAUUUUAGAAAUUGUACUUUUUGGGUUAAAUAUGAAUUAAUUUAUAUUUCAUCGUACUGAAUGAACAGUUUCCUGCUUCAGAGCAUUUUGAGACUACCGUUUUUAAUUAUCAAUAAAUAAAUAUAUAAAAUAAUAAAAUUAUAUAAAUACAAAACCAAAUUAUGAAUAAUAGUUGCAUCUAAGAAAAUAAGUUUCAUGCAUAUAAAAUCAGAAAAGUCACUGAAGUUAAUAAAAUUUCUCUGAACAUGCCAGGUUACUUUUGACUGGGACAGUGCAAAAAUUUGUUUAGUAUUCUUGAAUUUUUUUUAUAAAAAGUGUCCUUACUGUUAAGUCCCACUUCCCAAAGUUUCAAAUUGUUUCGCAAGAGCAUUAUUGAAAUUUCAAUUAAUAUGCUUUUGAAUAAAUGUAGUACAAAAUUUCUGUUUGUAUAUAAAGCCAUCCUAUUUUUCAUUUGAUAUAUGUGUUACAUUUUGGUGUUUGUGACGUGAAAUAUUUUAAAUCACCUCUCAGUGCUUGGAUUUCAUUUAUGUACAAUAUUAUAAGUUCAAUAUUAAUUGUACCUUUUUUUGAACGAUUUUGUGGAGCUUUUAAAACCUCAUUUUUGAAGCAUAUAUGAAUCUGAAAAUUUACCCCUCCAGUCUUCCAGUGCUGUUUUUGCUGCUUCUCUUAGAUAGAUUGCAGAUUUUGUAUAUACAUAUACACUCACACACCUAAUUAAAAUUAAAAAAGAGAAGUAAUGAAUAUAAGUAGAUUUUUAUUAUUUUUAAAUACACAAAUAUAAUGAGAUAAAUGACAAAAAUUUGUGGUUUUAGUACACCUUUUCUAAAUAAAAUUCGAUUUACUUUUAAGCCACUAUAUGUGUUGUAGUGAAGUAAUUGAAAAAAAAAAAAAAAAAAAAAAAAAAAAAAAAAAAAAAAAAAAAAAAAAAAAAAAAAGGAAAAAGAAAAAAAAAAAAAAAAAAAAAAAAAAAAAAAAAAAAAAAAAAAAAAAAAAAAAUUAAGAUAUUUGGCAAAUGUUUUAGUGAUUUUUAAAUGAAUACUGUGCAUUUUUAGUUACUUGCAGAUUUAGUGAUCAAAUGGUGCAAAUCACUAAAAAUCAUCAAAAGUUUAGUAAUUUGCAAAUAUUUAAUGAUUUUAAAUGAUUAGUAAUACGAUGAACGAUGAAUGAUAGAAUUUCACCCUUUUUUUAUAUAUUUCUUGUAAAUAAACAUAAUCAGUUGUCACAACACUUCUAGCUAGGCCACUAUAUGUUGUAAUAAAGUAAUACUAAUCUGACUUAACAUCCCGAACAACAAUUAUUGGAGGUACUAAGGCUACAGAAGUCAGCGUAACAUUCUUAAAAUUGCAGGACAACUUAUGAAAUGUUUUAUGUGUAAACCUUCGAAACUAUUCCUGCAAAUUUACAAAUAUUACACCGAUUCUUGUUGCCUAAACGUCUUCAAUAAAGUAAUACUAAAUUAAAAAAAAAAGUCUUGAAGUUUUUAAGAUAUCUAUACAUUUAUACAUGGUAUGUGUCAUAAAUAUUGUAUACUGUACAUGUUUUUGUAUUUUUAUAUAUAUAUAUUUUAAAUUCAGAGUGAUCAAUCUAAUAAUUUUUGACUUUCUAGGUCUAAGAAUAGAAUGAAUAAUUUUCCAUGUGCAUAUUUUGUUAAUAAAAUCUAUGUGCAGAAGGUAACUUGUUCAUGCUCAGGUGCAUAAUCAUGUUUUGUAUAUAGUCAUAUUUAUAACAUUCCACAAGCAUGCUAUUUCAUCAUUCAGAAAUAAUACAAAGCAUGCAUUUAAUAUUUUUGUAAGAUUUAGAAUAUGCUUAUACUGUGCAAAGUCUGUCUCAUGAAGUAACGGAAUAGCCUCAAAAAAAGGCCCUUUAUACACAAUUUAGGGAAAAUCUGUCAUUUCUGUUCUUUGACAUAUUUCCUGUUAGCAGUUUUAACAUUGACCCACUCUUAUUUCCUACCAGUCAGAGGUGCAUUGCAAUUCAUUUUCUGAGAACUGUUUUAAUGCUGUGGGGUUUUUUCUUAACCCCACAGUGACUCAAAACAGGUUCCUUAGCACAGACUUUGUUGAAAAAGGGAAAAAUCGUAGGGUUUCAAAUUUGGUUGCGUAUGGAGGAUGUUCCCCCCUAGUUUAGAAAUUUAUUUCCGCCAUGUAACAAGGAGCAUUGUCUUGUCUACAUGCAGAAUGAAACCAUUUUGUCAGAGUUCUGCUAAUUUUUUUUCUAACUGCAAGACUAAUCCCGUUACUUUAUAAACAGACACCAUAUUAGGAAAAAUUAAGAAAUUUUCAAACAAGGUACAUUUAAGAGAAAUCUUUUACAUGUAAAGAAAUUUCAUAGGUAAAAAAGGUAUAUUCUUUUUAUAUGUUAAUGAGUGUUUAACUUUUGUCUCUGUGUUGCCAUUUUACAGAUUAAAAUUUUUCUGUAAAGGAUGUUGUUAAUUUUUUUUUUGUACAUAUUUUGUAUUUGUGUAUCUUGUUUCACAAUAUUUUAUUUUUUUAAUAUAAAUUCCUAGCCCUGUAUUUUUCUAAUAAGUGUUUGUGAAAUUUACUUGAGAUUUGUUUUAGGUAUCUUCAAUUUGAUAAAAAUUUACUGUACAGUUUUGUAGAGUGAAAUAUGUAUGAUUUUAAAUGUCAAAAACUCAAUCAUAUGCACUUUGCACUGUGGUGGAGACAUCGAAUGUGUAUAGUGUUUGUUUUGUUGUAAAUAUAUGUGAAUAGAAAAUUAACAAAAUUAAAAGUCAUUAAAUAUAAUAUUUGAUCAUAACAUUUAUUAGCCCAUUAGCACACUGUUCCUUAUUCAAACAGAAGAGUAACAUAAUUUGAAAUGAUGUUUAUUGGUGGAGCACGUUAAGAAAAUUAAAAUGCAAUCAGAAGUUAUUUAACGAGUUAUACGAUUCUACGAAAGUCCUUACUCAGCCUUUAUUUUUGCAACUGUUGACAUAAGACUUCCAGUUACAAAAAUGCUUAAAAUUAUCCUUUAAUUUUAAAAUUAAAAAAAAAUUAGUUUUGUAUAAAAUACCAAAUCUAAAUUUUUGCACAUUAAUCUGGUCCUUUAUACUUACAUUUAGUAAACUUUUACACUCAUUAUAAAAAAUAAGACCCCAAAAGUUAGACUCUAGUAUGACAAAAUUGAUCAGGAUGUUUAAUUUUAAAAUCAAUGAUUUUUUAUGUCAUUUCAAAUUUGUAUUUAGCGGAUGGUUAGUAAAUAAAUUAGAAUAGAAUAUAUCAAGGUUGAUUUUCCCCUCUUAAAUGCUAUUCAAUUAUACUGUUAUGAGGUAUAUUAUGAAUUUAUCAAUAAUAAUCAUUAAAAUAAUUUUGUAUAAAAUGUGAAAUCUAACUUCUAACAUUAAUUAGGAAAAUUUUUUACUCAUCAUAAAAAAAUAAAUGACGUAACCUCCAUACAACAAAACCGAUCGAGAUGUUUAAUUUCAAAAUGGAAAGAUUUGCAUUUAGAGAUUAGUUGAUAAAUAAAGUGGAAUUUAUGGUCGAUUUUUCUAAUCUUUUGUGAUUUAUUAGUGUCUUUAUUUAUAAUUUUGUUACAUUUGGUAUGUCAAAAGAAUUUUCACAAAAGUAAUUAUAUGUUUUCAAAGUCUAAAAAUACAUUAUUAAUAUUCUCACGAAGUUUUAUUGCUCUGCAAUCAAUAAAUAACAAUAAAUUCAUUAAAGCAUGAAUAUUUUUCAAUUUAAAUGAAUGCAAAUUAUAUUACGAGUUGGCUGCCUGUCUGUACCAAAGCCUGCCAGGUUAGAGAUAAAAAUGCAAAUAUCUCGCACUUGAAUUUGUAAAAUGCUCCUCAAUAUGAUUCUCGAUUUUAAUAUCAACUAUCUCAUUCAGUUUUUGUUGUACAAGAGUCAAACUUUUUGCAUUUCAUUUUUCAUAACAAGUACAAAACUUUCAAGGAAUGUGUAAAAAAUUAUAUUUAAUUUUAUUACAUUAUAUUUAAAAUUAUAUUAAUUUUUUAAUUUUAAAGUAUGAAACAUGAAUCUUUGUGUUAUUUAAAACUUUUCUUAAAGUGUACAUCAGUGGUUGCAAAAAUAAAGGCUGGGAAGACUUUUCUGAACAUGGUGUAUAUAACAUUCAGCGCAAGAUAAAAUCUCUCUUUCCUGUGUGAUAUAUGUGCUUAUGGGUUAGUUUGAAAAAGGUGUUAUAUCACUAAAAAUGCAGUUAAUCAUGGCUUAUCAAUUUUUUUCCUCUCAGAAUUAUCUUCGUCUCUUUCUUAUUCCAGUUCAUGGGAUACUGUGUAAAAAUGCAUCAUUUAUACAAUAAACGUUAUUUUAUAUUUUGA